AUGACCAUCUUCUGCAGCCACUGCCACCGGCCCCUGCAGGCAGAGAUGAGCUGCCUGCCCACCAGGGCCAAGCAGGCGCCCAGUGCCUCGAGGCCCUUCAGGUCAACCAAGAGUGCUUCCAAGGCUCGCCGCGACCAGAUCAAUGUGGAGCUGCAGGCGCUGCGCUCCCUGCUGCCCAUCUCUGCACAGGAGAAGGAGCGGCUCUCUUACCUCCACACCAUGGCCCUGGUGUGCCUCCGGCUGCGGGGGGCUCAGCUGUUCCCUCCAGGUUUGCUUCCUCCUGCGGGACCAGCCCUUGGCACAGAACUACUGUCCCUGCUCCCAGGGUUUCUGCUUGUGCUCUCAGCAGACAGCAAGCUGGUCUACAUCUCAGACAACGUGGCUCAGGUCCUGGGUCUCUCCAUGGUGGAGCUGCUCGCCCAGGGGGACACAGUCUUUGACAUCCUGGAUGGGAGAGUGGGAGAGGAUGUGCACAAGAAGCUCCUCCUUGCCCGGGAGGAGCCUGGCAGGGAAGUGACUUUUGUCAGCGAGAUGCGCACGUCCAAGGCCUUCCGGCUGCAGCACGGGGGGAAUCGGGUCGUGGCAGUGUGUGGGCGCUUUGUGGCCCUGCACUGGCCACCCUCCCCCUCCACCACAGCCUUCCUGGCCCUCUGCACACCCCUUGUGCAGUCGCCCACAGAUGGCGAAGCUGCUUCCCAGGAUGACGUAUUCCAGAGCAUGCAUCUCCUGGACAUGACUUUUAUUGAUGUCACGGAGAGUGUCACCUACCACCUAGGCUACCACAGGGAGGAGCUGGUCGGUCAGUCGUGGUACAGCCUCCUGCACCCUGAGGAUGCUGACCUGGCAGCUACCCAGCACAGAGCCGUGGCGCUGAGCGUCGGGGCUGGGCCCGCAGCGGGGACCGCCGUGCUGCGAGUGCUGCACAAGGACCGCGCCUGGACCUGGCUGCGAGUGUGGGCGCGCCGGGACGGCGGCUGCAUCACCUGCACCUGCCGCUGCCUCAGGGAGGAGGAGGCGGCCCACCUGCGCUCUCGGCAGCCCCGCGCCGCCGCCCCGCCCGGGGGCCGGGACCUGGGCAGGCUGGCCGAGCAGCUCCGCGCCCUGGCCGACAGCCUCUCGCCGCCCGCCGUGCCCCGCCGCUGGCCCCGCUCCGAGGAAGCCGAGGACGAUGCCUCUGCCUGCCUUGGGAACUCUCUGCUGCAGCCUCCCCAGUUCCUCCGGUUUCCUUUUGAGCAGAAAGCAGGAUGCAGCAUUCCAGGUGUGCUGUCACAGGUGACGAGUCUACAGAGAUGCUGACAUC